AUGCACCGACGUUUCCUUGUCUCUGGACUUCCAGAGACUCUGCCUCCUCUCCCACCCUCGCCUGCCCCUCCCUGCCUUCCCUGUGUCGAGGGGCGGCAGUGCGCCGUUCCUCACUCCUCCUCGUUCCCCCCGACGACUGCUCCCCUGCAGACCCUCCACAUGGAUGUGUGGGGCCCAGCCCGCGUUCGUGGACAGGACCGCGAGCGAUACUUUUUGCUGGUCGUUGAUGACUACACGCGUUACACCACGAUCUUCCCCUUGCGCACCAAGGGUGAGGUCCCUGAUGUUUUGAUCCCCUGGAUCCGCGCUGCCCGUCUCCAGCUCCGCGAGCGGUUUGGGACGGACUUUCCCGUCCUGCGUCUGCACUCUGACAGAGGUGGUGAGUUUGCCUCUGACUUUCUGCGGGACUUUUGUCGUGGGAAGGGCAUUCGCCAGACGUUCACGCUCCCGGCCUCACCGCAGCAGAAUGGGAUUGCUGAGCGCCGCAUUGGCUUAGUCAUGGAGGUCGCUCGUACCUCCAUGGUCCGUGCGGCUGCCCCCCAUUUUCUGUGGCCGUUUGCGGUCCGAUACGCUGCGCAUCAGCUCAACCUCUGGCCCCGUGUCUCCUUGCCGGAGACCUCGCCCACACUGCGUUGGACGGGGAAGGUUGGCGAUGCGUCAGUGUUUCGGGUCUGGGGUUCUCGUGCCUUUGUCCACGAUACUACCGCGGACAAGCUCUCCGCCCGUGCUAUUCCCUGCGUCUUCCUUGGCUUUGUCCCUGACGCGCCUGGCUGGCAGUUUUACCACCCCACCUCGCGCCGUAUCCUGCCCUCUCAUGAUGUCACGUUCGACGAGCCGGCUCCCUUUUACCGUCUCUUCCCCUACCGCACUGCUUCUCUCCCCCCCCCGCCGCUCUUCCUUGCACCAGGUCCUCCUCCGGUAGACCCCCUCCCCCCUCAGGAUCCUGCUCCCUCAGGUGUGUCCCAGGUAGACGCCGUCGAGCCUGUCGAGGUAGCGGUUGACUCUGGUGCUGCUACUGGGGGUGGUGCUGCUGGGGGUGCUGAGCCUGAGCGUGAGGAGCCUGGGGGUGCUGAGCCUGAGCGUGCGGAGCCUGGGGGUGCUGAGCCUGAGCGUGUGGAGCCUGGGGGUGCUGAGCCUGAGCGUGUGGAGUCUGGGGGUGCUGAGCCUGGGGUUGCUGAGUCUGAGGGUGUGGAGCCUGGGGGUGCUGAGCUUGGGGGUGCUGAGUCUGGGGGUGUUGAGCCUGCGGUUGCUGAGACUGGGGGUGCUGAGUCUGCUGGAGUUCCUGCAGGUGCCUCGUCUCGGCGGGAGCCUCUCUCUCCACCGGAGCUGCGCGAGUGCUGCUAG